UCGAUAAAUACGUGUUAUUUGUUAAAGUUAUAAUAUUUGUGUUGGUUAAUAUCGUUUGUGGCUGUUUCGUUAUCGCAUUUAGCGAUUUGAUGUUAGUAGUUAUUUUACUACUCAGAUAAGAGUGAUAGUGGUUUGUUUAAACAUACAGGAGACAGUGAUACAUAGUAUUGUGACAACAGUGAAUAUGUGUAGAACCGAAAUGUUGUAAAUAAAAUGAUAUUCAGUGAGAAGUUUACACCGUCACAGUAUUUGGUGACCGGCCUUACAAUUCCCGACUACGAGAGCAAGGAGGGCCAAAUGGGCCUCUUCAAAGGCUCGACCACAACCCUCGACGGAAUCGGUCUCAGGCCGAUGCCAGCAGAACGACCGAAGACGUUACGAAAGCUGAAGUCAGUGUACGAUUCCUCGCCCACAGAGCCAGCUAGCGUCGAUAACAACAACUUAGGAAGCAAUGGACAGAUGGACAGAAACAUCAACGGGGUUGAAGACGAGGUCAGACGGAGAAGCAACACGACCAGCUCGACUCAUAGCGGUGACAAAUCCUUGUCAAUACUCAGCCCCUUCGAUGAACAGGAGGAAUGGGCGAAAAUAUCAGAGAUAAUGGCGUCCUUUGGCAGCAAACUAGUCCGAGAAUCUGUCUUCGUUUCGGAGCUGGAGCAGGAGUUCACCUCGCGCCUUGGUUUGAGCUGCUCCGAGUCUAGCCUCACUCCAUCCAUGGCCUCUAACCUGGGCCUGUGGCUGUCUGGACUAGGCUUACAGGACUUCGAACAGCUCUUCGUUGAAAGCGGCUAUGACGACAUUGACUUUGUUAAUGGAAUCCUUGACGAAAAUGAUCUCAGAGAAAUGGGGAUAGAAGAAAACGAUAGACAAAAGAUUCUAGAUUCAUCUAAGCAGUUACCAUUGAAAAUAGCAGAAAUAAGCAAUAACCAUAAUAACAAUGUUAGCAAAAACCAGCAUCUAUCAGUAGAUGAGUGGUUGAGAGUAAUUAAUUUAGAACAAUAUAGUGAUACGUUUAGGAAACAUUUAUAUGUAGAUAUGGAUAGAGUAAGAAGAAUAUGGGAGGUGGAGUUAACGGCUGUUCUGGAGAUAAUCAAACCUGGACAUCGAAAACGGAUUCUCUGCUCGGUCUCUGGCGAACAAAAUGGACCUAUUAGUAAUAUAGAAGAUAUUAAUACUGAUCUCAAUACACUAAAGAGUAACAUACAACAGCUGAAAGAAGAAAUCAAAGAGAAGUUACCAUCAGAGAACCUGAAGCCCGUACCUCCACCCGUGGUACCGUCUCUAGCGCCGCCUGGAGGAGAAACCUUAAAGCGUAGCAAAAAGAAUCGGCCGGCGCCUCAGCCACCUAGACCGUCCGACCUGGAGAUCAGAGCGCCUUCCGAACUGCUGGUUGGUGUACCAGGUGCUUUGAAGACACAGUGGAAACAUCAACCCUUUGUUUUGGUCACCGGCGCCGUUACGUAUGUAGCUAAUUAUUUAGGAUCUACGGUUGUAAAAGAACUUCGCGGCACCGAGUCCACAAAGAAGUCGAUACAGAAGUUGAAGAAGAGCACCAAAGAGCCCCGGGAUUCCCCGGACAUUAUCCUGUCUAUCAGCUACCGGGGUGUUAAGUUCCUGAAUACUAUUACCAGAGAGUUGGUGUGCGAACAUGAAAUACGCAACAUUCACUGCGCGUGCCAGGAUGCUGACGAUCUCACUCACUUCGCCUAUAUCACCAAAGACCACACCACGAAGAGCCACUACUGUCAUGUGUUCAGGGUUGCUACCAUGGACCAAGCAACAGAAGUAAUCUUAACCCUCGGUGAAGCGUUCGAGGUAGCAUACCAGAUGGCUCUUAGGGAGCAAUCGAAUCGGAGUAAAAUUACCAAACCCGCCCCAGAGGUCAAAGAUAAAACCAUACACGGAAGAUCGCAUUCCAUCACGGAGAUAAAACUUAACGGGCAUCAGUUGAAAAUUGCUCCUAUAUCAGCUUCAUUGUCUAACGAAGACUUCCAGAGUACCAGGAAUUCAGAAGGUUCAAAAAGCCCCAGGACGCCACUACUUAAAGCACCAAUAGCGUCUACGGAGGAGUUGUGAGGUUGUAAUUUGAGCAAUAAUAAAAAUAGUAUUUUUUUCAUUACACUGCGACUCAGAAGUUUAGAAGAGUCAUUACCUAGAAACCGUUGUUUACCUAAACUCAUUCCUAAACAUUACUUUGACCAAUAAUGUAUACUUACUAGUGUUAAAAUAGCAAAUGAGUUUUGGCCUAAUUAAAAUAUGUUUGAGUUCAUUUGUCUUCCGAUUGUCAACGGAAUCGAAGUUUAGUACAGAUAAUAAGCAAUGUACAAGGCUUAGUUGAUAUUUUUCACUUUACUACAGUAUGGUGUAUACAGUGUUACUUAUGAAUAAUUCAAACGCAAGGCAAUAUGUUAAUUUAAAAACUAAUAUUUUAAUUGAAUGUUGCGUUUGUUUCACAUUUUGUGUUGAGUACUUCUCACCCGCCUGCAGCCCUCAUGUUUAUUUUAUUGACUAGUUUUUUGGAUCUCGGUUCAAGUUCUUUUGAGCUUUGUAAUUCGCCCAUGUGAGUUGAUCAACUUGACAUCCUUUGAAACUAUUAUUAUUGGUGUUUGUAGUUUUCCUCAAAAUAUUUACCUUCUUAGCCUUAAUAUUGUGUACACCAUAAUGUAAGUAUUGAUAAACCUUAUAAUGAAAAUGGUGAAAUCGUCUCAAAAAUUUGAUGUAAUUUAAAAAUAAGUUACUCGAAUAGUGAGCGAUAUUACGGAAAUUAUAAAAAAAAACUAGCUUAUAGUAGAAAUAUUAUAGCCGAUAUAGGCAGUUGCUUUAUUGUAAUACGAGGCUAAAUCGUUUUUAUAUUGUGGGUAUUUUCGAUGAUUACAUCAAUUUGUUUUGUAGUUUUUUUUUAUAAUAUUAGACAUAAUUUAUCUUGUGGUGAAUUAACCGUUAUAUAGCUUUAACAGUUUGGUCUUCAUUUUUAAUAAACAAGGGUUGUUUAAAGUCGCUGUUCAGUUUGAACAAAGACAGUUCUGCGUUUAAGAACAUUAUCAAUAAUGGUUAUACAGCAUUAGUACUUUUUUUAAUAAGUAUUGAAAAACUGAUAAUAAUAUAAUUAUAAAUUAUUUCGACCUUUUAUGUACCACUAAGUACACGACUAUAUUUGAUGUCUACAAAUUAUUUUAUCUCAGUUGCCUAUUUUACAAUUUACAAAUGCUUUAUAAUGAUGUAUUACAAGGCAUGGUUAAUGAAUUCUAACAUGUUGGAGUUUUUUUACCCAUGAACAAUUUCUUAUUCAAUUCUGUACUAUAUAAGUUAAUAAUAAUAAUGGUUCUACUAUUGAAUAGUAGAAUUAUAGGGCUGUUAUAUUUAUAAUAGUUUUAAUGUAUAUUUUUGUUCGUUAAGUUACUGACUGUGACUAUGCAGCUGUUUUACAUAUUAAAAAAAAUGUUUAGCGGAUAUGACGUCAUGUCCGCCAUUAAAUUUAGGCCUAAUAUAAUCUCGAAUGAAUAUAAUAUUGUCAUAUUAUUCGUUACCAAUAAGUGUCGUGUGAAUUAUAUUAUGUAGGUUAAACUUAUAUUAAAGGGUUCUAAAAGUUGUUUUUUGUGUUUCACCGUAUAAAUACAAAAAAACAUAAAAUAAACUUAUAAAAAGUAGCGUGAGUGAACAUAUAAAAAAUGAAGUAAGGGUAAUUUUUGAAUUGGCAUUAUUUCUGGUCUGUACAAUUGUGUACACAGAUAAUAUUUGUCUAUGAUAUACGGUGGAACACUUACAACUAGUUAAAUAAACACAUCUUAUGACACAAGUUCGUUCAACGUAUAGUACAUUAAACAUAUCAACAGAUGUUAUAGUUCGUACGCUGUGAGCCAUCCCCGUUCUUUGUUUGCGUUCAACUUGUCUUGAUACGUUGCUGUGGAUGUCUUAGACAAAAAAUUGUUUUCGUGUUAUUCAAUUGCUUGUGCUCAAUGUUUGGCAUUUUAAAACUGUUGUUGUCUUUGAUUAAGCUCUGUUUGAAUUAAAUAAAUAAACCGCAUUUAAUAUUAAUAAUUCAUGGAAAGGCAAAGAACCAACGCCUAACAGCCAUAUUUGGCUGUAUGGCUUAAUGCCUUUGCCUUUAGCUGUGUGAUUUAAUUAAAUUGAUUGGAAAAAGUUUACCUUAAAUUGUAGAUUUUUAAUUAAAACAGAGUUUGUAAUCUUUAUGUUAAAUAAAGUUUUUGUUAGUAUGUAUUAUCAAAGUCUGAUUUAGUUUUGAGAUUUAGUGUAAUGUGAUAUGAAAGUAAAUUUAUUUGAACAGU